AUGUGCUACUCAGUAGACUGCGAGGGUGUGUGCGAGGACGGCCACCUCACAGCCGUCUACAUGGCCAUCGAGGCGUGCAGCACCGCCGUGGCCACGAGAAAGUCGUGCGAGAACUCCGUCGUGCUCGGCCUCCUGCGCUGCCACAUCCCCAUCGCCCACUGCGAGACCUGCUGCCUCAUCGCCUCCCCGCGGGAGACGACCCGCCUCCUCGCCGAGAGCUGCGACGAGAGGAUCAGGGACCUCAUGUUCUGGCAGCCGCGUCCGGAGCCGGAUGCGAAGCCCGUCGAGGAGUGGGUGAAGUAUGUGCAGCCCUUUGCUGGGAUGCUCCUCUAG